AUGGCCAAGCCAUCCGAAUUUGUUGAUCACUAUGCUGUGUUGGACUGUUCCCCGAAGUCAUCGCAUGGAGACAUCAAACAUGCAUAUCAUGAGAAGUUGCGUGAAUAUCAUCCGGACAAACGGCCCAACAGCAAAGAGGGCCGAGGCAAAAGGAUUACAGCAGCUCUGAACGAAGCCUGGGAGGUUCUCAAAGACGAAGCACAUCGAGAGGAAUAUGACCGCAAGUGGAAGGAAAUCAUGGAGCCAGCUGUUCUGGCUGACGAGUGCCGUCGCGCUGGAAACGAGCUUUAUCGAGCUGCCUGUCUCCUCGCUCAAAAGCAUGCUGAUGCUCACGGAGAUGGUGUUACCUUCGGUGGAGAAGGUCUGGACUGGGCCAAGCAGGCUUUGGAGAAGUACCAUCUUUCAAUCGAUGCCUAUUCCAGAGGUUUGGAAGCUGCUCCUAAUGACCACCGCUUGUACAACAACAGGGCGCUGUGCUUUGCUGCCCUGAAGAUGUGGACAAGAUGUCAGGAGGAUGCGCGUCAAGUCAUACAGCUCAAGCCUGACUUCAAGAAGGGCUGGUUCUUGCUUGCGAAAGCCCUGUGGAAGGAUGGCCAGCUGGCAGAUGCGAAGAAAGAGAUAGAUGCUGGUCUUACACUCCUUCCGGAAUGUGCCGACCUGCUUGAUCUGCAGACAGAGAUCCACAAUGCCCUGGUGGAGCAAUCAGGUGGCCAGCACCUUCCGUUCAUAUUAACGCGACGAACCAGCGUCAGCAGGAACGUCUCUCCAGUUGGAACUCCCCCGCCGUCGUCAAGCUCUGUUCGUGUACAGCCUCCGCCUCCAAUCCACAAGCCGAUGCCUCCCCGGAGGCAGGCCUGCACAUCUCCCUCUCCGCCUCCCGAUGCUUCUGGACGAUCCCAGAGUUUGCGUUGCUUCAGUGACAGGCAGACAGUGCUUGGGGCCAAGAGCAGUUCCCUGUCACCUUUGAAGCAUCGACAUCUACCCAGGACAGACUUGGGAGAUACGCUGGCGCCAGCUGGACUGGAAGCGACAGCUCGAUUUGGGGAUAGUACUGCAGACUUUGGCGAGAAGAUCAAGUUCUUCGCUCAUCGAUCGGCAGGAAUCAGCCAGAGCAGCGGCAUGCCCAUCCCAGAAUCUCUUUGUUGUUCAAGCUGUGGCCCAGCUGCGACUUUUCCUCCGCACACUUGCAAGCUCAUUUCGGUCAGGGCUGUCGGGUGUCUGCUCUGGCGACCGAACUUUGUGGGACCUGGCUCAACAGCAUGGUAUCCGAAAAUGAAUGUUGCAUGA